AGAAAAAAGAGAAAAAUUUCAAAUCGGAGAAAAUAUCGGAAGGAAGAUGGCGGGAUCCCUAACAGCAUCAGUCCACGAGCACCACGCGGAGGCUUCAGAAAUUCCCCGAUGGCUAAUCAGUUUCGCUCGGUUUGUUCCGUUUCCAUCUUCUCCAUCUCCGUAUCCAGGACUCGAUCCUCUCGGGAAGAGCGAGCUAAGUUCGUCGCCCGACGGGACGUGGCUGUCGACGGUGAAUCUCCGGCUGGUGGACGAAGUGAACAGAUCCGGUGCGAUCCUCUCCGUCCAACUCGCCGGCAAAAUCCUCGAAGAACACUACAUUUCAAAGCUGAAUUUCUCGUGGUGGCCUUGCAUCACUAGCGUUUCUGAGUUACCACCUCGUGGCAGCCGAGCGAUUCUCGUUAGCUACAUGGAUUCUGAAAACGAGAUUCAAAAGUUCGCUUUAAGGUUCUCCACAUGUGAUGCAGCGGUUACCUUUGUGGCAGCUCUUAAGGAGAAACUCAAGGGCUUAGAGGAAGCUGGGCUCCAGGAACGUGAGCCUGAUACUAGUUUCCAGUCAGAUUACAACCCUGGAAACGAGACUAUCCCCAGAGCCACUGUGGAAGAGCCGAACAUGGUUAAACAUCUUGGUAGCUAUGUCCCUGAAAUGCAAGCAAGGCUCGAGUAUCAAGAUGGAAAAAUCUUACACCCACCACAAUCCACGCUUAGUCAUAUCUCUAACGAGAAUUGCAGUAACCUCCCUCCAAAUUUCACCACCUUACCCUCUGGUUGCUUCCCCAACUCCACUCUAGAUGCAGGCCAAACAACUGUAAAGCAGGAUCCUGGUCUUAAGUCACAGAUACUGGAGAAACUCAAGGGCUUAGAGGAAGUUGGGAUCCAGGAACGUGAAACUAGGUCCGAGACUAGUUUCCAGUCAGAUUACAACCCCGGAAAUGAGAUUAUCUCCAGAGCCAUUGAGGAAGAGCCUAAUAUGUUUAAACCUCCUGAUAGUUAUGUUCCUGAGAUGCAACCAAGGCUUGAGUAUGAGGAGAUACCAGAAGGCAGUGCUGCACUUUUGGCUAAGAACUCACAAACACCAAGGCAAGGAAAUGUUGCUGGUAAAAGUGAUGCUACUGUGAUGGAAGCAGAAAACCUGGCUCGAUUGGUUCCCAAUCCUGCAUCAAAGCCUGCGUGUCCUGAUCCAGUGGGCCUGGACGAAAAUGAGAAGGAUAAAACGAGAGCUAGAGAAAAACAACUUGAGGAAGCUAGAAGGCUUGCUUCUCUGCACAGGAAAAGGAAGCCAGACAGAAUCGACUAUGAAGCAGCAAUUCGUUUUCAAAAGCGUGCACCUGCAGAUGAAGAUCGUCCUGCAUUACCAACUACUACCACCGAAGGACUUGAAGCACAGCUAGAUGUUGCAAGGAACAAAAUUUCUCAAGGACAGGAUGCUCCAGCAGCUAUAUUGCAAGCGAACAUGCUCAAUGAUCCAGAAUCAACUUGGAAGAGGCCAAAGCUGAUGCUACCAUCAGACAACGACUUUGAGGGCAUUCCAAAGAUGGGCUACGCCACUGACCUUCUUGCAGAGAAUGAGGAGCUACCAGAAGGCAGUGCUGCACUUUUGGCUAAGAACUCACAAACCCCAAGGCAAGGAAGUGUUGCUGGUAAAGUUGAUGCUAUUGUGUUGAAAGCAGAAAAGAUUCAAACGCCUGAUCCAAUGUUGUCCCCUUCGAUUAAUCCUGCUGCUGCUGCUCUUACUCCAAGAAUUGGCUUGACGCCAGCAAGGGAUGAACUUCACCUUAAUGGAGAAGACAUGGACAACAUGGAUGAAAGUGAGGAACUCAUGAGAGGAGAGAAAGCUGAGCCAGAGGCUGAGGAGGAUGCAUAGAAAUUUUAGCAAGAAGGUAGAUAACAUCAUGGAAAGAGAUGGAAGAGUCUCUGUAGACGUAAGCCGACACCAUUUUGUAAAAGAUUAUGACUAUCUGAUUGUCUCGAUCUCUGCCCUCGAGGAUUCUGAAGAGGAAAUCUCUCCCACGCUGGAAGCUGCACGUCAGCUUUACAGCUGUUGCUCUCACUGCAGGGGCAAACCACAUCUCCAACGUCUGUUGGUUGGAGAUGCUAAGAUAGGUAUGGUUGCAGAUAGGUUGAAGAACUCCUUCCAUACCAGCUACAUCGAUUUUGUAAGUAACGGUACAAAUCAAGAAAUCUUUAGAGGCAUCUACGAGGGUAUACAAACACAUAUCACAGAAGACCAUUCCAAUAUGUAUGAGAGGUUCACGGUUGAGCUUUGGGGACCUCCGAAUGAGGUGAAAAGCGCUUUUGAAGAAGCUAUUGUGGAGCUGAGAAGAAAUUGUUUCCAAAAUUAGAACUAUCUUGCUCUAUGUCUUGACAUACGAUAUAACUCUAAUAUCCUUUAACAGUAUCUCUUGCCUAAUGACAGCUAUUUUAGUACAUUCAUGGAAAUGUAUAUUGUGUAAAUCUCA